CCAAAUUCAAUAUGGCGGCAGCGGGUUUGAAAAUCUUAACAUGUAGAAAAAUAACAUUUGCAUUUUUGACGCUACAUGUGUUAUUUUCCUAUUAACUACAGACUAUGGUCAAAACUGAAGAAACAACCACCAUGGCUGCCGGCUGGAACGAAGUGUUUGAAAGAAGCCGGGUGGUUCCUCCGCCCUGCCAGACAGUCCGCCUGGCUGUGGAGAGCCACCUCACCGAGUCCCACGGCUUCCAGCUCAGCCUCAGCCGGCUCACUACUGCUCACCUCCCGCAGGAGAAGUCAGAGGGGGAACAAGAUGUGACCUACCAGCUGCGAGUGACCCUUUUUGAUAGAAACCAUCAGCAAUUCUUUGGGAAAACUUGGAAGAGCUCACCCCAGAAGAUGAAAACUACCAAAAUCUCCUUCAACGAGGUCCUGUACUUCCAUACGUCUCUGCGGCUGCUCAGCACGGUGGUGGUUCUGGAGCUGGUGUCAUUGUCACCCAGGCCAGACGGCUCCCAGCAGGCACUGGGGCGAGGCUUCACUGUCCUGGAGCUUUUCACCAACAGGCCAGAGGCUCAGGCUGCUGAUGGGGACAGAAGGCUCAAUCUACACCAUGGAUCCCCAAGAAGCCUCCUACACCCCCUUCUGAAGGACACUGUUGAGUACAGCAGUCUCCUGAAGACUAUAGACGGAGCACAUUUAGAAUAUGUGUUAAAAAACCACCAGGCGUUGGUUUCCGUGAUGCACCUCCUUCCAGAGAAUGUCCUCAUAUCUGGAAAUGAGAACAUUCCAGGGCUUGCAACUUCUCCAACAGGGGACGCUCUGCUGAGGCCUCAGCUGCUCAAGAUGCUGCCCUUCACCCUGAACAAACUGACCAUCUCCCUCCAGCCGUCCCUGGAAAAGUUUGAGAGCCAGCUGCUGCAGCUGAUCAAUGCUGACUGCCACAACACAAAACAGGGUCCGGAGGGUACACUGAGGGCGGUUGUCAUCCAGGAAAGGAGGCUCCAUGUCGGGGUCCACAAUGGCUGGUGUUUCUUGGACAAGCCCCAAGUGGUGGUGCUGGAGCCCCUAGCCAGAAGCCGAUCAGACAGCAGCUCCAAACAGAGCAGCCUGGUGAAGGACAGCUCUACAACAUCACCCCCCCCUCAGAUGCUGGGCCUUCGCAGCAGCUUGGAGCUCAAACUGACAAAUCAUCAAGCUCUCGCAAUUGUCUUCCAGCUGGAGUUCGUCUUCUCUGCUCCAAUUGGCCGAGAGACAAUGCUGUCUGCCACCUCCACAUCCCGAGCAGCCUUCUUGCAGUGCGUUCGUUGGGGGAUCUGGUUCCCCUUCCAGGAGCCGGCUGACUGGAAAGGGGAAGAAAUACAGAUUGUUCUGCGAGGAGGUGCAAAACCAAACCCUCACGGAGUCAUGGUCUACAGCACAGAGAUGUCUGCCAAAACCCAGAGUCCUGUCACCCUCUCGCCUCCAGGCAGUGCUCAGGAGGGGAAGGAUACCAUAACGUUUCGGCUGUCGUCCAGUCUGGAGAGGAAGGCCUCCAGCCCAAAGGCCUCUCUGAGGACAAAGCAGGAGGAAGUGUCACGUCAGAGAAGAUCACCUUCAUCACCUUUGAGGGGUCAAAGAAAUAUUCCGCCAGCUUCUCCUCCAGAUUCUCCUCAAGGCCCCGGGCUCUCACUGUCUCAGCUGGCAGCUACUUCACGCUACCCGACCAUCAGCCACUCCAGCUCGGCGUUGCCGUGGCAACAGACGUUUCCCUCUCUGCUCCAUCCCUCCCCACUGGCAUCGGCCCACCAGCUGUCACAUGUCGCCUGCUCAGGUGUCAGCAACAUCGCCCACCUGGAGAUGGACCUCCAGCGGGAAGGGGACGCGUCACCUUUGGCUCCAGACGAAGGAGCGCAACUUCAGGAGCUGCCCUUCACCCCUGUCCAUGCCCCUGUCAUCACACUGGGGAUGAAUGUACCCAGCUCCUGCUCAGCCAGCUCCAGGAGCGCACUGGCCCACCUCUACUCAGCUGGCUUCCCCAACAUCGUUGACUCUGAUGGGCAGGUGGCUGAAGUCCUGGACCCCACAGAGCCUGUGACCUUUGACCUCAGGCGGGAAGAGAUUGACCCUCUACAAGGCAACCUGCUGGUGUUCCAGUUUCUGGCGUUUACCAGAAUACCGACGGCGGGUGUUGGUCUUGAUUGGCCUGACAACAUCUACUUCACCUUCCAGUUCUAUCGCUUUCCACCAGUCACAUCACAGCAGCUGAAACUGCUCAUCAGCGACAAUGUGCAACAGAAAGCCAGCGUUCCACUUCCCUGCGUCCUGGCCUCCAUCAGCAAAGAUGGCACUGUCAACUCCGGUUCCCCGGGCCUGCAGGUGCAGUUCAAAGUAGAUGAAAGUUUCCUAAGGCAAGGAGAGAAGCGCUGGUUCCUGCGCUACCUGGCCCUCCACACCAUGCACAUCGACAUCUGGGACAGCGACUCACUGCUGCUCAUAGGUUCUACCGCCAUCGAGCUCAAGUUCAUGUUGCGUCAGGGCAGAUCGGCAGUGCAGGCCCUUCAGGAGGUGGAGGUGCUGACCACAGAUUAUGUAGUGGAGGACAUCCUGCUGACCAGCGCUGAUCCGGGCCAACGGACCACCAUCAGCCCCAUGACGGUCCAGACCAUCAUCAGGGGCCGGCUGCACGUACGCACAGGAAACAUAGGCUGCCCUGUAGAUCCCAGCAAGAGGAAGGCAGCAGACGUGAUGCCGUCCCAUCCUCACAUCAUCACGCCUUGCGUAGUCACCGGUGGCUUCAGAGGAGGAAGCCUGUCGUCGAGAAAUAUCCUCCGACUCAAUGCGAGGAAUGCUGCGCAAGCACACAGACUGGAGAUGGAUGGGGAUAGCGGGCCAUUGUUCGGACGCGGGAUCGGAUCGGACUCCUUUGUGCCCGCAGACCAUAACCUCAGCGAGGCCGACGGUGUGCGCCGCAAGCUCGACUGCAUGGCCGCCGUCCAUCAACGGGAGGGCAAGGAAGAGGCGGAGGUCACGGGUCGGACUAAGGAAGCACGGUUGGCCAGAGGACUUAAUAAGAUGAAACCCAGCGAACAGCACAGCAAGGCAGAGUGUAUCGCCAACAUGCUGAGCCAGGCCAUUACUACCCAGCACCUGCUCUACGCCAGCCUGGGCUCUGCUGAGUACACAGAGUUCCUCCUUAGAAAUCCCUUUAACACACCUCAGACCGUCACAGUUCACAUUGACGACCCUGAGCUCAGUGUCAUCACUGAUACAGAGGAGUGGGGUUACUUCAAAGCACUAACCAAAACUCCAACCGCGCUGGAGGAGAACAUGUUCCACUUGGAGGAAGGUGCUCCAGGUCCCAGGGUUUACCUCCGGCCCAAGGAGAGCCUCCAUAUUCCCCUGAAAUAUCAGAGCUUCAUCUGCGAUCACACCAUGGCUCUACAGGGACCACGCUUCCUUCCUACAGGCAAAGGUUAUCAGCUGGCCAAGAAGAAUCUGUCCAAUAUUGUCGCCGCCAAGACAAUCAAGGUAACGUUCAAAGCAGAAGACGGCAAGCCCAUGGCCAUCUGCCAGGUGAACGUGGAGCCGACCCCUCACGUCGUCGACCAGACUUUCCGCCUCUACCACCCCGAGCUCUGUUUCCUCAAAAAAGCCAUCCGUCUGCCGCCCUGGCAUGACCCCUCAGUUGCAGAUGUCAGUCACAUUUCCGUGCGUUGCAGUGACCCUAACAUCAUCUGCCAGACGAGGAUGCUGGUGCCAGGGGAGCCUCAGGAUGUGUACUUGAAAGUGCCAGGGAGUCCCAGUCCACUCAUAAAAAUGUUCUUUGUGAUGGUUUUUACUGAUAAGUGGAUGGCAGCUCCCUCCCAGAUCUGGCAGAUUUACGUGCAUUUCCUGGAGCGGGUGGAUGUCAGCUGUGUGAGUGGCCAGCGGAGCUGUCAAUCACUGGUGCUGAGGGGGAAGCAGGCUGUACGCAAGGUCAAGUGCUUCUCGUCCCACCCACAGGAGAUAGAGGUGGACCCAGAGGCGGUGUUCGUUCUGCCUCCCGCCGCCGUGCAGGAGCUCCAGCUGAAGGUGCAGCCGUGGCGCGCAGGAAGCCGCUUCCUGUAUGUGAACGCAGUGGAUGUGGAGAACCGGCGGCUUGUGGCGUCCUGGCUGCUCUGUCUCAACGUCCACCGGCCUGUCCUGUCCAAGGCAUUUGAAGUGUGUGUCCCAGUGGGCAGUGGGCGUGGCAGCUCCAGGAAAAUCACCUACACCAACCCCUACACCAGCAGCCGCUCGUUCCUGCUCCGCUCGGACCAUCCUGACCUGCUGCAGUUCAAAGAGGAUAAAUUCCAGUGAUUUUGGCGCAUUCCCAGCUUCUAUUAGAAUCAGAAAGAUAUGUUCUCUUCUAUGAACAGUACCCACUUAAACCGUUAUGAUGACACUGUGAAAUUGAAGUAGUCAUAAACAUGACGUCUAAAUGAAGAACUCAGACACAUCUUCUUCAGACCUUCAGAUUGUUAUAAUGAGUUCUAUUUGAAUACUUAGCUAAUAUCUCACAUUGCUUGGAUUAUUUAACAUCAUAUAUUCCAAUCAUGCAACAGAACAAACCUUUUUCUCCAGUAGUUUCACUGACUGAAAAUAAUGAUUGGCACUUCCCAAGGCUUUUUGUCACUAUGAGUAGCAUUCUUAUUAAAUAUUUUCACAUUCUCCCCUCCUCUCUUGACAACGAUAACUUUUCAGGCUACAGCUUACAAGCUGAACAAAGCCUAUGACAAUGACAAUGACAUUAAUAUUAAAUGACGCAAAAUAAAGAUUAGACAGCCGGCUGUGAAAAAUGAGCCUGAAAAUGUGUUUUCAAAGUGAUCAGCAACACAAUUCUAAACCUCAGUGGAAAUGUAUCUGCUGAAGAACAGGUUGCUUAAAAUCUCUUGUACAAUGUGUACACAGCAGCAGCUUGAGUCCUCCGUCUGUGUCUGCACACGAUGCGUUCAGGCACAGUAUUGACUGCAGAUCUGUGUUUUGGCAGAAUGCAAUGUAAAAUAGAAGAACAUUUACUUAGAAAUGCCUCCUGUGCAGACGUGCCUUCCCUGUACUGCUGGACAUUUCAAAUGUAUGAGUCAUGAUGGAGCUGUAACCAGAACAUACAAUACAGCUAUAUUUAUAAAGCACUUUAAAACCUCCGGACCAAAGUGCUGUACAGUCAAAUAAACAAACAAAAACAUACAAACAAAUCACACAGCACAGCUCACACACCAUCAAAUUAGUACACGUAAAAAAAAAAUGGUUAAAGCAACAAUCUAAAAGAUGUCAGUACGCUAAGGAAAAGAGGACAUACAGUGGACACUUUAGUAUUGGAUUAUCUCAACAGUGUCCUGAACUGAUUUAUGUCAGGCCCAAAAUCAGUUUUGGUGCACUCUUAAAUCAUGCAGCACACCUACAUUACAUUACUACAUUUACAACUGCAAUUUACAAUCAAAGUGAAAUCAACCGUACAAAGUCAGAACACUAAGAAGCCUGAGAGUACAUUCACUUCAAGCAAAGCCAAACCAUUUUAUAGCGGCCCUAUACGUUUUGGGGUUUUUAAGAUAAGAUGUACGUUAUUGAUCCCGAAUUGGGAUUGUUUUGCAUUGCACAGCAUAAAAAACAAGGGAAUGCACAUAAGUAGAAAUGAAAAGAGUCAAAUAAGAAAUUCCAAAAUGAAACAUCUCAAAAUAUAAAUAAUACAAGUUUUCCCUUUGCUGUUGUGUUCUAUAGUUUGAAAUAAGCCAAACUACUUGAAAAAGUAUUGGCCAACACCAAGAACUUUAGUGUGAAGGAGAAACUUUUAUUUUCAUUUGUUUCGUUCCAGUGAAAGAUUGUUUUGGACUUCUUCGGUGAGUAAAAGAUGCUGAUGAUGAUUUCUGGCCUCUCGCGUUGAAGUGAAAGCUGUUUUUGUUUUCCUCCAGACCAAAACAGUAGGAAUCCAAAAAGAGUCGCCGGUGUUUUAUUGUUAUGUUGUCUACCUCAGUGUCUCUAAUAGCUCAUUCACUCACUUACACACAGCCAUGGAGCGCCGGAGUCACCGCCAUCAUUGCUUUUCAUUUGCCGAGGUGUGAUGGAAGGGCAGAACCAAUGGGAAAGCAGAAUUUUAAAUGAACAAAUAAAUGAGUGAGACGCAGUGGGAGUCUGUUUCCAUAUAAACUAUUUAAGAGUCAGGCUGCUGCUGCUGCUGCUGCUGCUGCUGUCCAGAAGACACUGCAUCAGUAAGACAGAAGAAGGUGGGCAUUUUGUCAACCAGGUGUCUUAUAAAGAAUUUACUGUGCCCGCAACAUUAAGCAAAUGUGGAGACACUCUUUUGACACAAGUUCCUCAGCAUGAUGAAACCAGCUGUCAGGAGGGAGGGGAAAGAAGAAAUCAAUACUGCUAGGCUUUUUGGGAAGAUUGCAGAAUAAAUCCCCCAAAUUGACCUGUAUAUCCUUUGCUGGCUAUUACCGAAAAUACUAGAGGACAGUUUUGGUCUGAUUGAAAUACCAGGGAAACAAAAGCUUUUCCUUAGAGAGAAGAUUAUGUUCACUUUCGAUGAAAAGAAGGUAAUUUACACACAAAAAACAAAGCGUGAUGUCAAGAGGUUGGAGCAAUUAAGAUGCAUCAUAUACAUGACAUUUAUUACAAUGCAAUAAAGCAUAAUCCCUUAAGCACUCUGGUAUUGUAAUAUUGUUGCAAAGCUAUACAGAGUUAUUAACAACAACAGUGGUGGCUGGAUGCUCCACUUAUAGUUGUUAGAUAUUUUUCAAAAGUAUUCCCAUAUUUGCUACUUCUCCUGACAAAUGAAAGCAAUGGCACUACAUCUGUUUGGCCUUUUCUUUAGAGGAAGCUACAUACACUGAAAUAAAAGAGUUUAAGUGAAAAAACAUGACCGACCAGACUUUAAAAAACGACCAAAGAUAAAACAUGAAGGAACAGGUUGUAGUUAAUAAUAAUAAUAAUAAUAAAUUCGAUUUAUAAAGCACCUUUCAUUGCUCACAGCAAUCCCAAGGUGCUACAGGAGGCAUAAUAAAAACAAACAAAAGAAACAAAAGUUGAAUCAAAAGCGUUUUUAAAAAGAAAGGUUUUUAAGCCUUUCUUGAAGGCGUCAGUGGUCUGUGGAAUCCUCAGGUGGUCUGGGAGGGGAUUCCACAGACGAGGAGCAGCUGCACCGAAAGCCCGAGUUCUCAGGUAAGGUAUGUACUUCACUGUUGAAAAAGAGUUCUCUGGGCAGCAGGUAGGGGAUACAUGUUCUAGUGCCCAGACGUUUUAAAUCUCACACUCACUCCGGCUACAUGUGAUGUUGUCAUAUCUUCAAAGGUUGAGGGACUCAGAUUUGAAGAAACCACAGUAGUUGGUGUAUUCUAUGGACAAAGCUGUGGAACCGUUAAGCGGCUAAAAUAUAACAUGUUUAUAUAACUAAAAGCUUCUACUUGUCCUUUUAACUAUGAAGUUAUUCAUUUAAAUGUGUUCCUAGAUCUGUUAUGAAAGAAUAAAUGAAACUAAGGAAUCAGCCACUUGAUCAAAUGCAAAAUUGGGAAGAUUACUUUUUUUUUUCUUUAAAUCAAAUCAAUUCACUGAAUGUGUACCUACCUACUGUAGGCAUGCACAUCUGGACAGAAACUCUUUCUAAUCCCUGGCAUAAACAAGAUACUGACAUGAAACAGUUGUUGAUCUUCUGCAGGCAGUUAAGAGGAACGAGUCGGCGAUCAAUGACAGUAUGAAUGGUCAAUUUAAUAGGGUUUUCAAAACGAAGGAGAUAAUGAUUACAUGCAAGGAAGACGGGUUAUUAUAUCUCUGAGGUAAAUAGGAACUUUGUGUUUGUGAUCAUGAGUCUCCUUUUGUUGCUGAAGAGAAAAGGAGAAUCUCUCCCCCUCACAAAGCCUUCAGAGGGAAAUAAAGCUUGUUUGUUGUGUUCAGAUCGGCGGGGGGGAGAGUUACACCAUCGGACUACGAUUCGCUCCCAGCCAGAGUCCCGGCUCUGUGGAGAUCCUGGUCUACGUGAACAACCUGCAGGAGAGGACGGAGGAGACGUUCUGUGUGAAGGUCAACUACUCCUGACCUGAAGAUGUUUGUUUCCUUCCUGGAAGGUGCUGACUCAUUUGUCUUUGAAUCUAUUUUCUGAGUGUGAAAUAAACUCAAAUGAGCUGUACAUGUCCAAACUAUCGUAAUUUUGUAUUGAUUUAUUAAAGAUAGAAAUAAACUAAUGUUA